AUGUCCAAAACUAGCUGUAACUGGAUUUUAUACCUAUCAACGUUUACAGCCAAUUUAUUUUUCGUAUCUUACGGCAUCAUGUUGUCGUGGAAUACUCCAGUUUUGUUGAAAUUUCGAUCGGACAACAACGAAAUUAAUCCUCUAGGAGCUCCACUCACCGUCUUCCAGUUGUCAUUGUGUACCUCAAUAUUUCCCUUUGCAUCAAUAUUUGCAGGACUUUUAGUGACGAAGAUGCCUGACAUAUUCGGCAGGAAGAGAUCCAUGAUCUACAUAGCUACUGCUGGACUGUUGUGCUUCAUUGGUUUAGCAUUCGUUAAAAAUGUUUGGUUGUAUUGUUCAAUUUACAUGUUAACUUGUAUUAGUGUUAGCGGUGGAAUUGUAGUGGUUCCUACGUAUGUUUCGGAAAUAACGGAAACGAAGAAUAGAGGCUCAUUGAGCUCAAUUGUCGCUGUAGCAGCGACCGUUGGACAAUUGUAUCUAUUUAUAUUAACUCCAUAUACAGAUUUUAAAAUGCUGUCGUUAUGUUGUGGAAUGCCCUUUUUGAUAAUCAUCAUAUUGUCGUUUUUUAUAUAUGAAUCGCCGAUUUUGCUAUCUAUGAAAGGCGAUACGGAUGGAGCUUUAAACAUAUUAAAAAAAUUAAGGAGAAACGUGGAUCCUUCUAAAUUGGAAGAUGAGUUAAGAGAAAAGGAGAAGAUGCUUGUAACAAAUGACAAAAAAAGCGCUCUGAAAGUUUUAUUUAAAACUUCAGUCGGAAGGAAAGCUUUGUUUAUAGCGUUGUUGGUACGUUCAUUGCCAAGUUUUUCAGGAUUUUACGUUAUUCUAUCAUUCUUCGAUGAUUUUCUACGAGAACCAACGAACAUAUCAGUUUCCUCAAACACACUUAGCAUAUUUAUAAUUUGUUUUAAGAUGUUCUCGUCUAGUUUAAUUUCGUUGUAUCUCGAUAGAUUUGGCAGGAGAAUAUACCUUCUAUCAGGAUGUAUUGUAUAUUCAGCGGCCACAUUCGGCAUGGGAAUGUAUUUCUUGUGCAAAAACAACAAUAUGUACAUACCUGAAGCCGUAAAGUUUGUUCCAAUUGUUUUAUUAUUCUUGGUCUCCUUGGGUUAUAUGCUAGGUCUUGCAGGCGUUAGCUUUACUGUAGUAUCAGAAAUUCUUCCCAACGAAGCGAGAGCCGUGGGUUCCGGUUUUGCCGCGUGCAUUGCCAAUUUGGUUUUGUCGGCUAUAGCCGUUAGUUACCCAUAUAUCGACGAAUAUUUUGGUCUUCAGUUCUGCAUGUUCAUGUUUACUGUCCCUCUUAUAAUUGGUUUCUUUUUAAUUUUCUUUUAUGUGCCAGAAACAAAAGAAAAAACCUUCGAGGAAAUAAAAUGUUUGUUGGAUAAACAUCGAACAUAA